AUGCUCGCCGCCAGAAACUUCUCUGCUGCUCGCCAAUGCCUGCGCUCGGCCCGCAUGGGCCCCAGCUUCGUCACCUCUGUGUCGCAGCUGCGCAGCUAUGCUACUUCUCCUGACGAGGCUGUCGCCAAGUUCAAGGGCCAGAAGGGCUCUGAUGGCAAGUACACCGUUACUUUGAUUGAGGGAGACGGUAUUGGUCCCGAGAUCUCUCAGUCGGUCAAGGACAUCUUCCAGGCCGCCAAGGCUCCCAUCAAGUGGGAAUCUGUCGAUGUCACCCCCAUUCUCAAGGACGGCAAGACCGCCAUUCCCGACGAUGCGAUCCGCAGCGUCCAGAAGAACUACGUUGCGCUCAAGGGUCCUCUGGCUACCCCUGUUGGCAAGGGACACGUUUCCCUGAACCUGACUCUGCGCCGUACCUUCAACCUCUUCGCCAACGUCCGUCCUUGCCGCUCCAUCGCCGGUUACAAGACCCCCUAUGACGGUGUUGACACUGUCCUGAUCCGUGAGAACACCGAGGGUGAAUACUCCGGCAUUGAGCACGUUGUCGUCGACGGUGUGGUCCAGAGCAUCAAGCUCAUCACCAAGGAGGCCUCCGAGCGCGUUCUCCGCUUCGCCUUCCAGUACGCCCAGUCGAUCAACAAGAAGAAGGUCCGUGUUGUGCACAAGGCCACCAUCAUGAAGAUGUCCGACGGUCUCUUCCUCAACACUGCCCGCGACAUUGCCAAGGACUUCCCCGAUGUCGAGUUCGACGCCGAGCUGCUGGACAACUCGUGCCUGAAGAUCGUCACCGAUCCCACUCCCUACAACGACAAGGUCCUGGUCAUGCCAAACCUGUACGGUGACAUUCUGUCCGACAUGUGCGCCGGUCUGAUCGGUGGUCUUGGUCUGACCCCCUCCGGUAACAUUGGUGACGAGUGCUCCAUCUUCGAGGCCGUCCACGGUUCCGCCCCCGACAUUGCUGGCAAGGGCCUCGCCAACCCCACCGCCCUGCUGCUCUCGUCCAUCAUGAUGUUGCAGCACAUGGGUCUCCACGACCACGCCAACAACAUCCAGAAGGCCAUCUUCGACACCUUGGCCGAGGGCAAGACUCUCACUGGUGACCUUGGCGGUAAGGCCAAGACCCACGAGUACGCCGAGGCCAUCAUGAAGCGCCUGUAA